AUGCAACCGGCCGCACGGAAAACCGGCUCCACGGUUCAUGAAUGGAAGUCACCUUACAGCAUGUACUCCAUAUGUCCCUCCCCGUUUGUAGGAGAUCACACGCAGGCUGUCGUGUACUCAGAGUUGGUGGCGGCGCAGGCAUCUAUUGAGGAGUGCAGAGCCCAGCGUAUGGGGGGUUCGGUUGAAAACCCGUUCAGUAUAAGGGAUGAUGAUGAUUAUGGAGAGGGGGCCUUUGUCACGGGGACCCUGCACCUCCCAGAGCGAGCAAUCCCGCCAAGAGUGAGCAUUCGCGCCAAAACUAAACGGACCCCGCCCAACCUGAGCAUUCGCGCCAAAACUGAGCAAACCCGCCAAAAUAAUCAAGGUCCAGCCGAUGGAGCAGCUGCUAACACAAACCAGCCGAGCAGCCCUUUGAAGGUCACAGUGAAGAUUAUCAAAGAUCCACUCCUGGACUACGGUUUUAUGGUCUCAGAAGAUUCACCAGUAUGUGUGAAGUCUGUCACUGCAGGUGGUCCUGGAGAGGGAAAGCUAUUCCCAGGUGACCAGAUUUUACAAAUUAACGACAUGCCUCUGGAUACAAUUUCCCAGGAACGUAUCGAUAACAUUAUUAGUAAUCAAGGUCCAGCCGAUGGAGCAGCUGCUAACACAAACCAGCCGAGCAGCCCUUUGAAGGUCACAGUGAAGAUUAUCAAAGAUCCACUCCUGGACUACGGUUUUAUGGUCUCAGAAGAUUCACCAGUAUGUGUGAAGUCUGUCACUGCAGGUGGUCCUGGAGAGGGAAAGCUAUUCCCAGGUGACCAGAUUUUACAAAUUAACGACAUGCCUCUGGAUACAAUUUCCCAGGAAUGUAUCGAUAACAUUAUUAGGGAAUGUGGUAACACUGUUACAGUGACUGUCCUGCGAAAUACCCCUGGGCCCAAGUCAUCAUUUAUUACUGAAGAAAAGCGAGCCAGAUUGAAAAGCAACCCAGUCAAAGUACACUUUGCUGAGGAAGUGAUCGUCAAUGGCCAAGUACAGGGUAACUCGCUACUCUUAAUGCCCGGUAUUCUCAAGGUGUAUUUAGAAAAUGGACAGACCAAAGCCUUUCGAUUUGAGAAAAAUACAACAGUGAAGGAUAUCAUCCUCAGCCUGAAGUCAAAGUUAUCCAUCCGUUGUAUUGAGCAUUUUGCUCUGGUUUUGAAGGAACGAUACACUAUCAACAAGAUCUAUAUCUUACAUGAUGAUGAACUCAUUGAGCAGGUGGUCCAGAAGCGAGAGCCCCGUGAUUAUAGGUGUCUCUUCAGGGUUUGUUUCCUGCCAAGAGAUCCACUUGUACUUUUACAAGAUGAUCCAGUUACUUUUGAAUACCUCUACUCACAGAGUUGCAAUGAUGUGCUGCUGGAGAGGUUUGCGAUGGAGAUGAAAUACAGCACUGCUAUCCAUCUCGCAGCACUGCAAAUUCAGGAAUGCAUCCUCAGCUCCAACCAUUCUGAGAAAGUCUCCAUGAAGUACAUUGAGAUGAAUUGGGGAAUUGAGAAUUUUGUCUCAUCAACUGUACUUGACAACAUGAAAGAGAAAGAUAUCAGAAAGGCCAUUAACUAUCACCUUAAGAACAAUCAUAGCUUGAUUGCACCAGGACAAAAGCAACUGAUAUCCACGGCACAAGUCCGGCUGAAUUACCUGAACAUACUGAGUGAUCUUCGAGCAUAUGGAGGGAAAACCUUUAACGCAACCCUUCUGCUGCAGGACAGCGAAUCAUUUAUCACAUUGUUGGUCGGAGCCAAAUAUGGUAUCAGCGAAGUUGUUAACAGCAAACUCAAUAUUAUAAACCAGUUAACAGACUUCAACAGCAUCCAGAAGUUGGAAUUGACCUUUGAGUAUGAGAAGAUCAGCGUGGUGAACAUCUACCUGGUGGAUGUGAAGUCUCUGACGUUGGUACUGGAAACUCGUCAUGCUAAAGACCUUGUGUGUUUGAUUGCUGGAUAUCAUAGGCUAUAUGUGAACUCAACAGACUCCAUAUUCAUCUGGCCUGGCAACUAUCAAAGUCAGACAACUGAAGAAGGGCCUCUGACUGAAGAAAAUGAGGACAUUGAGAACUCGGAAAGUGAGGCUACAGACAGUGACUGCUUACAGGAGAAUAUCCAGGAAGAGACCAGUUGCAGCACAGGGGAUGUGUCUGAUCUGAAUGAUGAAGCAACAAGUCAGGGAGGAGACUUUUGUGAUAGAAGCUGUUCUGCUGACUCUAUGGAUGAACUGCAAAUGGAGACUUCAGCUCCACACUCACAUGGUGAGAUUUCUGAAGAUGAUGACAAAGAUUCUAACACUGAAGAGAGUGAUGGUGAGCCAGUUACAAAGAAGCACUGUACCAUGGAAUUGAAAGACAGUUUUGAACAACCUUCAGCAGACUCCUUAGCCUCUACUUUGACCCUUUCUAAAUGCUUUGCAUGUUUUACAAAGGUGGUUUGCUCUAUUCCUGACCUCAGCCAAAGUGAGAACCCAUGCACUGCAGAAGUUUGCAACCAGUGCCCCAGGAACGAGGAUGACAGUUAUGCAGAAGGGGACAAGUCUUGGAAUUUGACAAGUCAUGGCCUGCUCACUGAGUUACCACCUGCUAUUGAUGGGGACUUAUACAGUGAGGUCCUCACUAUCCCGAUUCUGGCUCCUCCCCCUGACGAAUUUUUCGAUGCAGCUGAAAAGGUUACUCAUGUGGAAGGUUCAGGUGACAUCAACUUCAGUGGAACUGAAGCAGAGUUGGAGUCUGCUAAAAUUAAGGGGAUUGAAGCAAAACAAAAUGUGCAGAUAAGUCCAAGUCUUUUUGGCACAGGACUGGACAUCAAAUCUGUUGAAUGCAUCAAAGGUAAACCAGAAGAAAUAAAAUACACAACCACAGGAAAAAGACAUUUUGCAUCUGAUGACGUAUAUGAUUUUGAAGGCUCCAUUCUGUCACAAUUCAAGGCUGAAAGAUAUAGCAUGCCGAAUGGGUUCCAUCUGAUACGGAACAAUAUCAUGGAGCUACUCAAUGUGCUGAAAGAAUUCCCCAGAGAAAGUCAUAUUGAGGAAGAAUGUGCAAUACUUACUUCAUCAAUAAAGGAGAAAUUAUAUAUUGAAAGUGGAAAACUGAUGUCUGCUUGCCAGAAGGGCAUUAAAGUAGACCAGGCUCCUGUGGAGAUGCUCCUGGGAGUUUCUGAAAGUUUCCAGGCCCUCAUACAGCUAACAGCAACAUGUCUCCAGUUCACGACCUGCAUGCAUUGCGCAGAACGUCAUGCCGAAGUGGUCAAUAACUUAAAAGACGUUUCUUUGACUUAUAAAACCUUUGUGAAAAUCUCUCAGGAUGCAUGCAGCAGGAAGUGUGAUGACUUAAGGAUGAAACUCCUGGCUCAACAGUGUAAUGCACUGACUGCUGAUGUUUUCUGCCUGACGCAGUCAUUCAAAUAA